AUGGACCAUCCGGCCCCCUCCAGUCCAGUUCAAUUCUUCCCUGCAACAAAGGUGCACAGAUUCACGCGCGAAGUGCUCAUUGGCAACGGAGUCCCCCCGGAGGCAGCGGACACGGUAGCAAAAUGCUUGGUGGCAGCAGAUCUGCGAGGCAUUGAUACUCACGGGGUCAACCGAAUUCCAUCAUACAUGCAGAGGAUCCGGCAACAGGUGCUUGAUCCGAAGGCAGCACCCACCAUCCACCACGUCACUCCUGUCGUGGCCCAAGUGGACGGCAACAAUGGCUUUGGCUUCCUCGCCGCGUCCCUGGGCAUGGACACGGCGAUUGAAAUGGCCAAAGUGUACGGGAUAGGCAUGGUGGCGGUCAAGCACUCCAACCAUUUUGGCAUGUCGGCCUGGAUCGUGCAGAAGGCCAUUGACGCUGACAUGAUGUCGUUGGUCUUCACCAACUCGUCCCCAGCAUUACCUGCGUGGGGAGGUAAGUCGAAGCUACUCGGGGUGUCCCCUAUAGCCUGCGGCGCGCCGGCGGGCGAGACCAAGCCAUUCAUAUUGGACAUGGCCCCCAGCAUUGCAGCACGAGGGAAGAUCUACAAGGCGCAACGGAGAGGCGAAAGGAUUCCGCUCGACUGGGCACUGGACGAGGACGGCCAGCCAACAGACGACCCGGCAAAGGCAUUGCAGGGCGUCAUGCUGCCCAUGGGAGGUCCGAAAGGCUCAGCAUUGGCUAUUAUGAUGGACGUCUUCUCGGGUGUCUUGUCCGGAUCGGCCUUUGCUGGCCAUGUCACCAACCCCUACGACCCGUCACGACCGGCAGACGUAGGGCACUUCCUGGUCGCGAUCAAGCCGGACCUGUUCCUCUCGUUGGACGAGUUCAAGGAGAGAAUGGACUAUCUGUAUCAGCGAGUAGUGGGUUCGGAGAAGAGAGAUGGCUUUGACCGAAUCUACUUCCCCGGCGAACUGGAGCAGCUUGAGGAAGACAAGCGGAAGGACCAGGGUAUCCCAUAUACCGCGUCAGAGGUCGACUCGCUGAACAAGGAGGCUGAGCGGGUGGGAGUAGAGUUGCUGACACCGUAG